UUUAAUUUCUCACUUCUCAGCGUUGGUGUCGGUUCCGAAUAAUACCUAUUGUAAUAAAAUGGAAGCAUUAUUCGCAAUUCCAUAUAAUGUGUUGGAAAUACCGAACAUUAAAAUUAAGAAGCCAUCAUGGCUGCAAGCUCCUUCUGCAAUGACAACGUUUUCUUUUGUAUUACUUUCCUACUUCUUGGUGACCGGAGGUAUAAUAUAUGACGUGAUAGUGGAACCGCCCAGUGUAGGGUCUACGACGGACGAGCAUGGACACAGCAGGCCGGUCGCGUUUAUGCCCAAUCGCGUCAACGGUCAAUACAUAAUGGAAGGUUUAGCGUCCAGCUUCCUCUUCUCUCUCGGAGGUUUGGGUUUCAUAAUAUUGGAUCGCACCCACAACCCUUCCACACCCAAACUCAACAGAAUUUUGUUAAUAUCAGUUGCAUUUAUCUGUAUUCUGGUAUCUUUCUUUACAACCUGGAUAUUCAUGAGGAUGAAGCUUCCUGGUUACUUACAGAAUUAAGUUUAGUGUCUCAGAAUAAAAUUGUUCAUAUACAACCUUAUAAUAAAUAUUUUUUAU